AGUUAAUCCAGUGUUCCGUGGGUAUUCGUAGCAAUACGACAAAAUGCAUUUCUCUCAAAAAUUUUUUUUAUUUUUUUUACUGUCAUUCGUACUUUGUAUUGGAUUCUGUUCAGAAGAUGAGGAAAGAUUAGUUCGUGAUUUAUUUAGAGGCUAUAAUAAAUUAAUACGACCAGUUAAAAAUAUGACAGAAAAUGUUCUUGUUAGAUUUGGCCUUGCUUUUGUUCAACUAAUUAAUGUGAAUGAAAAAAAUCAAAUUAUGAAAUCUAAUGUCUGGUUAAGACUGACGUGGACAGAUUAUCAACUACAGUGGGAUGAAUCUGACUAUGGUGGAAUUGCUGUUUUGAGAUUACCACCUGAUAAAGUGUGGAGACCUGAUAUUGUGCUUUUUAACAAUGCUGAUGGAAAUUAUGAAGUACGAUACAAAAGUAACAUCUUAAUAUAUCCAAAUGGUGAAGUAUUGUGGGUGCCACCUGCUAUAUAUCAAAGUUCAUGUACAAUCGACGUUACAUAUUUCCCUUUCGACCAACAAACUUGCAUUAUGAAGUUUGGCUCAUGGACAUUUAAUGGAGAUCAAGUUUCUUUGGCUCUUUAUAAUGAUAAAAAUUUUGUCGAUUUAUCUGAUUAUUGGAAAAGUGGCACAUGGGAUAUUGUCAACGUUCCAGCAUACCUUAAUGUACAUAAAGAAAGCGCUCCAACUGAAACAGAUAUUACGUUUUACAUAAUUAUUCGAAGGAAAACUCUUUUUUAUACUGUUAACUUGAUCCUGCCAACUGUAUUAAUUUCAUUUCUGUGUGUACUGGUGUUCUAUUUGCCAGCCGAAGCCGGUGAAAAGGUUACACUUGGUAUUAGUAUUCUUCUGUCGUUGGUUGUAUUUUUACUUUUAGUGAGUAAAAUUCUGCCACCUACAUCACUUGUACUGCCACUAAUAGCGAAAUAUUUACUGUUUACGUUUGUUAUGAACACUGUUAGUAUAUUGGUUACUGUAGUUAUUAUUAAUUGGAAUUUCCGUGGUCCCAGAACUCAUAGAAUGCCACCAAUGAUUCGCAAAAUAUUUUUGAAAGUUUUACCAGCAGUUUUGCUUAUGAGGAGACCAAAGAAGACCAGACUAAAAUGGAUGAUGGAAAUACCUAACGUAACACUUCCAACUUCAACUUACUCUGGGAGUCCUACUGAAAUACCAAAACAUCUACCUCCUUCCAUGAAUAAAUCGAAAAUGGAGGUAAUGGAGUUGUCAGACUUGCAUCAUCCUAAUUGCAGUGCUAACAGAAAAAAUCAUCAUACUAGUGGUUCCAGUACAGCUGGAGGAGGUAUUGAAACAAUGGCUGAUAGAAGAGGAUCAGAAAGCUCUGACUCUGUUCUUCUUAGUCCUGAAGCAAGUAAAGCAACUGAAGCAGUUGAAUUUAUUGCUGAACAUUUAAGAAAUGAAGAUUUAUAUAUACAGACAAGAGAAGAUUGGAAAUACGUUGCCAUGGUAAUAGAUCGUUUGCAGUUGUAUAUUUUCUUCAUUGUAACAACUGUUGGUACAGUGGGUAUUUUAAUGGAUGCUCCUCAUAUUUUUGAAUAUGUGGAUCAAGAUCGAAUUAUUGAAAUUUAUCGAGGAAAAUAAUUUGUCAUCAAAUCAAAAAAUAAUGAAUUAAUUCUUAAAAUGUGGUUUAACCUUUUGUUGAUACACUGGGUCAUGAUGAAUGAGAAUAAAAUUUUUCGAUCAGAAAUAUCUCUACUCUUAACAAUUUUUCAAAAACUAUAUUCACAUCAUCUAUAGAUAGUUUGAACAUUUAUCAAUAUACAUUUAUACAAAACGAAUGUUGAAAAAGUAUAAUUAGUAUGCAACUGACGUCGCUUAAAAAACAGUCAAAAAUAAUUGUGUCAACUUGUUAUAACACUAUAAAUGUUAAUAACACUAAAUUUUUGGAAUAAUAUAUUUUCAUAGAAAUAUAAAUAUUUGAUCCGAAUUUGAGUUAAUUGGAAUUCAAUGCUGAAUGUUUGUUCAAUUUUUGAAAUUCAAUUUUACAGGUUAAUUUAUUGUCCUUCAUUUUGUACCUUAUAGUAAUAUAAUGGUAUUAAAUACUUAAAUAUAUAAACGUUACUGAUUUAAGUGUUGCUUGUAAUAAAAAAUUACGAUGUGUUUAUAGUUGAGAUUAUUAUUAUUCAACAAAACAUGUAAAAUUUUACCCACACCCACUGCAUGCUUAUUUGAAUAGAUUGUGAUAUCACAUCGUAAGUAAAUUUUAUUUGACGAACCCUAUUGGAAUCCAUAUAAUAUAAUAUUAUAACAUAAUUAUACUUAAUAUAUUUUGAUAUUACACUAUAUGCUUUCAGUUACAAGACAUUCAAAUAAGCAUCAACCUUACAUCAUGCUAUGUGGGUAACGGUUUCCAUAUAACCAGCGUAUAAGUACUGUACCAGCAAUACACUUUCGAACUGUACUAGGCUAGUAUUCUAGACUAGUAUUUCAUACCACAAUGGCGAAAAAAGCAUUGAGGCAUCCUAACCUAUAAGGUACGACAUACUGGUAUUGUACUGCCCUAGAGGAUCGCAAACUACGCGUGUUCGACGAAUUCGUUGCACAAUGGUGUAACAUUCGUCUAACAUUCAUAGCUUGUUGACGAAGCUCUAUUUGAGUGGUUUAAAAUACAACGUGAUCGCAAUAUUCCGAUUAGUGGACCAAUUUUACAAAUUCAAGCAGAAAAAUUUGCGACAGAUUUGGGUAUAUGAGACUUUAAAUGCUCAAACUGCUGGCUUGGAAGUUUAAAGAAAAGACAUGACAUUAAAUAACGAAUUAUAAUUUGUUUAUUUAAUUUUUAAGAGUAAAACAAAAAAUAAAGUCUUAAGUUAUUAAAAAGAAACACCUUUUUUAUAUAUAAAACUAGGUUUGUAAAUUUUCUCAUAAAAAAAUAUUAAAUUAAAUUAAAAAACUUUUUUAUAAUAUUAAAAUUGAAUAGGUACUUUAAAUAUUUAUGAAAUAAUUUGUCAUAAUUUUUAUUCGUAUCACGGAGAGAAGAGAUUUAGUAUAUUCUACUAAACACGUUUAGUCCAGAUUCUACUAAACAGCGUAGUCAGAGGGACUACUAUAGUUCUGUCACACAAUAAAAUUUACCGACAGAAUAAAAAUGCACAAAUCUGAUUGGUUGUCCACAAUUAACCAGAUUGCGGACAACCAAUAUCAGAUUUCUACAUUUCGUUUCUGUCGGUAAAUUCUUUUCUUUCGAUAUUCGUGUAAAUGCUUCCUUUCAUUUUACUAAACAGUAUCGUUCAUUUAACUGACUGUUUAGUCCGUUCAAAAUGAACGUUAUUGUUUAGUAGAUUUAACUGAGAUAGUAGUAAAAUCUACUACGCCCUUCUCUCCGUGUAUUAAACACUUUUUCUCUGUUAAAAAUAAUAAAAAGUCUGACACUGACAAACUCACUGAUAAACAUCGUUUACUUUAAAUAAUAACAAUUUAAUAAUUACAACUUAAUUUAAUACAAAAAAUGCAAAAAUCAAUCAUUGGAUAUUUGAUUUAUUCAAAUCAAUAGCAUUUUUUUUAUCAAUUGUAAUUCAUUUUUGACAUUAUUUCAAAAAUCUACGCAUGUUACACGAGUGUGCAACGAAUUCUUCGAACACUCGUAGGUUGCGAUCAGUCUGCAAGGUAUUAUUCUCCUAUUAAGUACUUUACAUACUUAAUGCUUCUAGGAGUUUGGGAUACUUUUAUUAGACUAGUAUUGUAUUGGUACAUAAUUACCCACACAGCACCGAAAGUUUCCUAAACCUGUAUUAAAGCUGUGCGUGCCAAGUUGGAAAAAUUUACCGUAAAGCUUAGCACAGGUUGUGUAAAUAUGUAAAUGUCCGCAAUUGAGUAAAUGUUUAGCGUAAAACUGUACUGAAUCUUUAAAUUACGUAUUUAGUACAGGUUUAGCGUAAAACUGUACUGAAUCUUUAAAUUACAUAUUUGGUACAGGUUUAGCGUAAAACUGUACUGAAUCUUUAAAUUACAUAUUUGGUACAGGUUUAGCG